AUGGCGGAACAAAAUCACCACACAGCGCGCGGUACUACAUCCUAUACCCGGUCCAUCGGUAUUAGCCAGCGCGUAACACCCUUGGCGAUAUCAUGGACUGGCGAGAUGCGCACCAGAUUCUCAGACUUCCAAGUCAACGAGAUUAACGAAGAUGGUUCGGUUCUGCACCUUCAACAAGUUGGCAUCGCAGGUGAAGAGGCACCAGCGACAGAGGUAAAAAAGGAGGCCAAUGGCAAGUCCGAAGUCAAGGAGGUCAAACCAGAAGAGCCUACGCAAGAUGCUGAGAAGCAACAUUCGAACGAGACUGCGACCGAGGCCAAGCCUGCUACCCAGCCCGAGCAGGUCAACGAAGUUUCGGCUGAGGAUGCAGCCAUUCUUGAAGGCCUGACUGACCAGCGCUUUGCUCAAGAGCUGAUCGAAGUAUACAAGGCUGGCGCAGGUCCCGAUAACGACAAGAGAAAGACGGUUACUUCAGAGGCCAUGGACGACAGAGCAAAGCGAGGUCAGGUGCACCAGGAGAUUCGACGUAUCUUCAAGUCGCGCAUAGACACCAACACCGCCGACGACGGUGCUAUCAUCGCGACUCUUAUUCCUCCACGAAAAGCCAACAGCAAGAAGCGCGGUCGUGGUGGGGGUCGAGGUGGUGACCGCGAUGAGAAGCCAGCUGGCGAGUACCUGCACUUCACCCUUUUCAAGGAGAAUCGGGACACUAUGGAUGCCGUCAACCAGAUCUCCCGGUUCCUCAAGGUCAAGCCCCAAGUCAUCGGAUACGCUGGAACCAAGGACCGUAGAGCUUCGACAGUGCAGCGAUGUUCAGUGCGGUACAUGCGACCUAGAAACCUUGCCGGUAUCAACGGUAGAAUCUGGGGUGUUUCGACUGGCGACUAUGAGUACAAGGAUAAGCCAAUUUACCUUGGACAGCUUCUAGGUAACGAAUUCGUUAUUGCUAUUAAGAACUGCCAGAUAGUUGGCGAGUCUAGCGAUGAGUCCAUCGCUCAACAGGUCGAAAAGCUGAAGAAAAAUGUUGAUUCUUCCUUGGGUCAUAUGAACAAACACGGCUGGAUCAACUACUUUGGUCACCAGCGAUUUGGAACCCACGAGGUUGGCACUCACCAAGUUGGUCAACUUAUUCUAGGCGACAAGUACGAAGAGGCAGUCAAAUCGCUGCUCCACUACGACGACGAAAUCGCACAAAAGGCCGAGGCGGGCGAGAUCCCUGACGAGCCUUCCAAGAGAGAUGAAUACCUACGAAACCAAGCUUGCAUGCUCUUCCUCACAAACAAGGACGUUAGACGAGCCAUUGACAUUAUGCCGCGAAGAUUUUCUGCCGAGAACUGUAUCUUCAGACAUCUGAACCGACAAGGAGCUCAGUCUCGACGUGAUUUUAUUGGGUCACUGGUUCAUAUUACCCGUGGACUUCGUUCAAUGUAUCUUCAUGCCUACCAGUCUUACGUCUGGAACCACGUUACCAGCCGUCGAUGGGAGCUCCACGGCGAGAGCGUCAUUCCUGGCGAUCUCAUCAUUGCGCCGGCGGAGACCACACCCCUCGUCAGCGGCCAGGACCAAGACGGCGAUGACAUCAUUAACCCCGUUGAGGACGACGAGGACACUCCUGUUCGUGCUCGCCCACUUACAGCCGAGGAAGCGGCCAGCGGUAACUACACCAUCUUUGACAUUGUACUGCCCACACCAGGCUACGAUGUUGUCUACCCUGAGAACGACAUUGGCGAGUUCUACAAGGAGUUUAUGGGACGUGACGAGAAUGGAAACCUCGAUCCCUACAAGAUGCGCCGUAUGCGUCGCGAGUUCAGUCUGCCCGGCCGAUACCGUAAGAUCAUGAACCGCUUCCUCGCUACACCCUCUGCUGAGGUCCGCGCAUACUCCGACGAUACGGAGCAGAUGCACCCGACCGAUCUCGAUAACAUCAAAGCCUCAAAGGCAGCCAACCGAAAGCGCUCUCGAGAGGAUGCCGAGUCCGACUCGACAGCUAAAAAGACCAAGGUUGAGGACAGUACCGAGGUUGAGAUGACAGAUGCCAGUGGUCAAGUCCGUGAAGGAGAGGCAGUUCCUUCGGAUAACACUUCCGAGGCUACUCCUGCUGUCCAGGAGCCCAGCAAGAUCGCAGUAGUUGUCAAGUUCCAGCUUGGACGCAGUGCAUAUGCAACUGUCGCCCUGCGAGAACUAAUGGGAGACCCACCUGCGGAUUCCGAGUGA